AUGGUUGGAGGGGUCAGAGACUAUUUGGAGAGCCUUCCGGAGGCGGUUUUGACGAGGUUGUUUCAGUCCCCGGCGUCAUGUCUGGCUAUUUUGCGUCUGCUCUCUCCGCUGGCCAAAACCUAUCUUUUGGAUAUGGUUUUCACCGACGCGCCGGUCAGUCUGGACAGAAUAGACCAGUUGGUAAAGCCUGAACACCGUUCUGCGCAGGUCGAAGCGAUUGAAAAGCUCAGACAUCUUCACCUUAUCAAAGAGCGCUAUGCGUCAAAGACGAUCGUGGCGAAUUCCACUUUUUGCACCUCCUUGAGAUGCGCUUUGACGGCCGGACCGGCAAACGAGAAAUUCGGCGUGCCCUGCGACGACCGAUCUUCCGUGACCAUGGAUUUCCUUACUGAGUAUUCGCGCACCAAAUGGGAGUCUAUUUUACAUUUCAUGGUGCAGUCUACCAUUGAGAUCGCCGAAUCGCUUCCUCCCCCCGCGACUGGGGCUUUGAAUUUACUACAACAAAGUGGUUUGAUGGCCGGACCAUCGCCAACCCGUUUGCACAUUACGUCUGAAGGGUUUCAAUUCCUGCUCCAAGACCCAAACACCCAGGUCUGGUCUUUGCUGCUGCAUUACUUACAUUUGGCAUCUAAAAUUGGCCGGGACGAGGUCGACGUAUUGAACUUUAUCUUCAUGCUGGGGUCUCUAGAGGUGGGUAAAGAGUACGCUGCUCAGGACAUCUCGCCUACCCAGCAGCAAAUUCUCGUGGAUGUUGCGGAUUUGGGCAUUAUUUAUCAUGUUCCAGAGUCAAAAAGGUUUGCACCGACACCCCUCGCUCAGAUUCUAACAAGUGAGAAUGGUGAUGGUGCUGCCGAAAACACAGAUGCUGGCAAGUCUCUCAAAGGAUUCAUCAUUCUUGAGACCAAUUUCCGCAUGUACGCUUACACGGACUCUACGUUGCAGAUUUGCAUUUUGAAUCUGUUUUGUGACCUCAAAUCUCGGUUUUCAAAUCUCGUGGUCGGCCGCAUUAGUCGUGAAUCGGUGCGCAGAGCUUUCCACAAUGGCAUCACCGCCGAUCAAAUCAUCCAGUACCUCACAGUUCAUGCCCACGAUCAAAUGAAGCAGACUGACUCUGGGCAGAUUCUAGCGCCUACUAUUUCAGAUCAAAUCAAACUCUGGCAGCUUGAAUUAGACCGAUUUGUAUCAAACUCUGGGUUCCUGUAUCGUGACUUUGCCACAGCCCAGGAAUACAAUCUUAUUGUCAAUUAUGCGCAAGAGAUGGGCGCCCUGAUGUGGAAAAACGACUCCAGGAGAAUGUUUUUUGUCGAUCGUGAUUCAAACCGCAAGGUUCUCGAGUACGUGAAUCGCAAAAUGACUUCUUAG